GGCGCUCGGCGUCUGCGCGCUCCGCGGCGGAGGGGCAGGAUGAGGCUGCCCGCCCUGCUCGGCCUCGGCCUCGGCCUCGGCUUCUGCCUCCUCGGCUGCCGCGCCUUGCGCCCCGCGCUGCAAGGGGUGCGAGCGAGCCCGUGCCCCAAGGGCUGGCUGGACUUCCGAGGGAACUGCUACGGCUAUUUCCGCCACGAGCUGCCCUGGAGGAAGGCCCAGGCGUGGUGCAGGGCCCUCCGAGACGGCUGCCACCUCGCCUCCAUCCACUCCGCCGAGGAGCACAGAGCCAUCGCCAGGUUCGUCUCCCAGUGCCAGCGCGGCGAGGAGGAGGAGAACGUCUGGAUCGGCCUCCGCCAGCUGGUCAAACUCUGGGCGUGGUCCGACGGGUCCAAGAUGCGCUACUCUGCCUGGGACGACGACGAGUUCACGAAGGGGAACUACUGUGCGGCGCUGGAGGACUCCUCGGGUUUCUUGUCCUGGGAGGACGACUCGUGCGGCGAGAGGAACGCCUUCAUCUGCAAAUACGCGGCCUAGGGCGCGGGGCUGCCGCCGAGCUGCCCCCGCCCGCAUGGCACCCCGAGCCCCCGUGCACCCCGCUCCCCCGGGCCCUGCGCCCCGCUCGCCCCUGCCUCCCGCCCGCUGCCGUCGCGCCGCCCCCCCCACGGCCCCGUGAACCGGCAAUAAAGC